AUGGCCGAUGAUGAAGAUAUUGCCGCCCUUGUCGUUGACAACGGUUCCGGAAUGUGCAAAGCUGGUUUUGCUGGAGAUGAUGCUCCACGAUCUGUCUUUCCUUCUUUGAUUGGACGUGCCCGUCAGCCUGGUAUCAUGGUUGGUAUGGAACAACGUGACGCUUACGUCGGUGAUGAAGCCCAAGCCAAGCGUGGUGUUUUGACUUUGAAGUACCCCAUUGAGCACGGUAUCGUUACCAACUGGGAUGAUAUGGAAAAGAUCUGGCAUCACACUUUCUACAAUGAGCUUCGUGUCGCCCCCGAGGCCCACCCUGUUCUUCUUACCGAGGCUCCCAUGAACCCUAAGGCUAACAGAGAACGUAUGACUCAAAUCAUGUUUGAGACGUUCAACGUCCCAGCCAUGUACGUGAACAUCCAGGCCGUCCUUUCUUUGUAUGCUUCUGGUCGUACCACCGGUUGUGUUUUGGAUUCUGGAGAUGGUGUCUCGCACACUGUCCCAAUCUACGAAGGUUACGCCCUUCCCCACGCCGUUGUACGUUUGGAUUUGGCCGGUCGUGAUUUGACUGAUUACUUGAUGAAGAUUUUGACCGAGCGCGGUUACUCGUUGACAACCACUGCCGAGCGUGAGAUUGUUCGUGAUAUCAAGGAAAGUCUUUGCUUCGUCGCUGUUGACUUCGAAGAAGAGAUGAAGAAGGCCGCCGAGUCCUCUGCCCUUGAGAAGUCUUUCGAGCUUCCCGAUGGUAACAUCAUCGUUAUCGGAAACGAACGUUUCCGUUGUCCUGAGGUUUUGUUCCAACCUAACUUGACUGGUCUUGAAAUGGACGGUAUUGCCGACUCCACUUUCCAAACCAUCAUGAAGUGUGAUGUCGAUAUCCGUAAGGAUUUGUACGCCAACAUUGUUCUUUCUGGAGGAACCACCAUGUUCCCCGGAAUCAGUGAACGUAUGUCCAAGGAGGUUACUGCCCUUGCGCCCGCUUCGAUCAAGGUUAAGAUUGUGGCUCCCCCAGAGAGAAAGUACUCUGUGUGGAUUGGAGGAAGUAUUUUGGCUUCUUUGUCCACAUUCCAAAGUAUGUGGAUCUCCAAGGAGGAAUACGACGAAUCUGGUCCCUCUAUUGUCCACCGAAAGUGCUUCUAA